AUGUUCAAGGCUUGUCACUGUGAAUCAUCAACAUCUCAAGCCAGGACGAAAGAACCCUUACGAUCAAGCCUACAAGAGAUACAAGCAGCUACUAAUGUCAUAGUAAGAGAGACCCGAAGGGAUGUUGGGCUGCAAACCGCUGACCAUAAGCGCGACAUUGACGAUCUAGAUCCAUUUACGGAUAACAAGGGAGUACUGCGUGUUGGAGGCYRUCUCAGAAGGUCCUCCUUAAGCACAGAGGAAAAGCACCCAAUCAUAGUACCAAAGGGUCAGCAUCUGUCAACUCUAAUCAUACGUCAUUUCCACCGGAGUGUACACCACCAAGGCCAACAGAUAACUCAUGCCGCCAUACACCAAGGAGGAUAUUGGAUCAUUAGCGGACAUCGUCUCGUGUCUAAAGAACUCCACCAAUGCGUGAUUUGCAGAAAGGCAAGAGGGGCGCAAAUGGACCAGCGAAUGGCCGACCUACCAACCGACAGAAUGGAGGAGGCACCCCCCUUUACGAACGUGGGACUUGACGUAUUCGGUCAGUGGAGCGUUAUCACAAGAGAACAAGAGGCGGAGCAGCAAAUUCAAAACGCUGGGGUCUCCUGUUCACAUGCCUCAGCAGCAGAGCUAUCCAUAUUGAAGUACUGGAGUCAAUUGACGCUAGCGCCUUCAUAUGUGCCCUAA